GCUCAGCAUAAGCCAGUGCUGCAGACGAAUGUGAACACUUAUUUCUGAUUGCUGAUCGGCUGUUGGUAGAUAUGGAACUACAUUCUUACUUGGUUAGCUAGUUGCAGCAAAGCAAAUACUUUAAAAACUUUUUUUUCUGAGUGCUGGUCAGAGCAAACAGAGAGGGACAAUGUGGACCAAACAGUUUCUGUUCGUGGUGGUAAUCCUGGGCAUGUAUCAGGUUAUUUCACAAGACAUUUACGUCGCUGAAGUAAUGGUGGAGAGCAACGUCACACUGAGCUCUGAAAACAUCCUGGCAAGUUGGAGCAAAGACACAACUAUUACAACAAACACUACGAUAAUCAGCAGCGAACUGGUUGCAGAAUGCCUAGUCAUUGGGGAGGACUACAGCUGUAACUGCUCUACAGGCUAUGCUUGGAGUAAUGAGGUCUGCUACAGCUAUGGUUGCUGCAACGAAAGUACAUGUAAACAAAAUGUGUCUCAGGCAACAUCCAUAUGUGUGCCCAAGACUAAUGGUAAUAAAGUAUUUUCUUAUACUAAUGACGUCCAUCCCACAAUUCCUGAUUAUAAUGAAUUUAAGGUGAAAGUCAAUGUUGAUGUGAACUCAUCCAGGCUUCAAGAGCUUCUGGAUAGUUUACUACCAUCUAGUCCAAUAUUAGUUUCUACACAAGGAAUGGUAAACAUUAAAGGACCUUCAGGUACAGUGAAAUAUGAGUCAGAUCAAACUUUUGAUUGCACUUUUGAGUACGAGUCGGACAGUGCUAGCUGGAACCAAACAAAAGGGACUCAGAACCUUGGCGUCAGAGAAGGACGACUAACAGAAAUAAAGAACUGUCCCACCACAGUGGAUUACAAGUCCUGUUCUGAAAUGACUCUAAAAAAAGUGACGGGUGCGUGGGAAGGUACAUAUAUGUGUAUAUUUACCAUUGGGAAAAUCAGUCAUACUGCCAGCACUGCCCUGGAUGUGGAUCUUCUGCCAGAUGAAAUCACCAUGACAUACAAGCCACUCAUUGCAGACUGCUCAGAAAAACCAGAGACUCCUGCAAAAGUCACUGUAACAGCAAUGAUUCCAGAAACCGAAGGAACAUAUAAUUUGACAUGGGAGGAAAAUGGAAAAAAAUCUGUUCAAGCCAAUCCAAAUAUGAGCCAAAAAUCAUGUGACUUGGAAACUGAAGAUGGAGUGGAAUGGCCUAAAACUCCCCCUGAGACAAUAGUGCAAAAUCCAAAAUGUCCUGCAGGCCGGAUUGGAUUUAGGAGCCGUACCUGUAAUGCUAACGCAAAGUGGGAGGAUGUUAUAUCCAAGUGUAUCAGUGAGGAACUUGGAAAAGUUGCAAAUGCAGCUGAAAACUUUCGGAAUGGACUCGGAGCUACUCCAGAGGUGGCUAAAUCCAUAUUUGAAGGGAUUAAGAACACCUCUUCUUCAGCUAGCUCUGGUAGUUCUGUUGAUGAUUUAGCUGACAUUGGUGCUUCCAUCAACAUCUUUGGGGUUAUGAAAGAUGCAUCGAAAAACAUUGAACUGGGAGAAGAAAUGUUGAAUGACGUAGUUGAAGCAGCAAGCAAUAUGGUGAAUGCUUCCUGGGAUAGCCUACCUGAAGAAAAUAUUCUUGAGAUGUCCUCUCAGUACCUAACUAAUGUGGAGGGUUUGGUCAAGGAAAUCAAGAUCAACAACAGUGAGGGAUUAAACAGUUCAAACCUGGAGCUCAGAUUCUGCUCAAGUGAUGACUGCAGCAUAUCUAUUUUUGGCGUUGGUGUGAAUAUGAACAAGACCAAUGGAACAGUGAAGACCAUGGCAGUGAAAAAUCUGAUGAAUAAAUUGAAAAGCAGAGAAUUCCCCAAGAAAAACCACAGCAGCCUUGUGCUUUCAGCCACGCUUGUGGACAGCAAUGAUUCAGAUAUAAAUAUCCAAAUAUUCUUUCCUGAUGAGCAACCAUCUGCCACAGAACGGAUAUGUGUUUUCUGGGACAAUGAUGCGAAAGACUGGUCGAGUGAAGGCUGUGUUGCAAACAUCACAGAUGACAACCAAACACUUUGUAUAUGCAACCAUCUCACUGCCUUCUCUGUCCUUAUGGCCAAGAGCGCCAACGUGUCCUCUGAAAGUCUUGAAAUGAUCACAUAUAUCGGCCUAGGUGUAUCCAUUUUUUCCCUGCUGAUCUUCCUUUUUGUUGAGUCCCUGGUUUGGUCGGCCGUGACAAAGUCAAACCUGUCGCAUUUCCGUCACACAGCAGUGGUCAAUAUUGCCGUCUUUCGCUUGCUUGCUGAUUGCAGCUUCUUGGCUUCCAUUGAGCCCGACAGCCUCUCUGAAGACAUGUGCUUGGGAUUAACCGUCUGCAAACACCUGUUUUAUCUAGCCAUGUUCUGCUGGAUGCUGUGUCUGAGUGUCAUGCUGGUCCACCAGCUCAUCUUUGUUUUCAGUCCGGUCAGGAAAAGAGUCUUCAUGUACCUCUCCAGCAUUGUAGGCUAUGUUCUUCCAAUGGCACUUGUGGCAUCAAGCUAUGUGUAUUACAGAUACACUGAGCAGGAAUACUUUGAUAAAAAGAGCUGUUGGCUAAGGUAUGAUCGACUGUUGGAAGGCUCCAUUCAUGCAUUUCUUCUUCCUGUAGGCACCAUUGUUUUGUCAAAUCUCUUCUCCAUGGUGGUUGUCAUUGUCACCUUGGUGAAGACUUCAGUUCCAGACAGCAGCAAAGCAGAUGACAAGGACACAGCCAAGAGCAUUCUUAAAGUGGUGGUCUUUCUAACUCCUGUCUUUGGGGUCACAUGGAUUUUUGGCUUUGUUUUCCUCAUCCUGGAUUACGACAACCCCCUGCAUACGCCUGUAAACUACAUUUUCACCAUCCUCAAUUCUUUCCAGGGCCUUUUCAUUCUGCUAACAGGUCUGGCUGAGCAGAAGGUCAGGCAGGAACUUGUUAAGAUUGUAAUGGCAAAAACUGGGCGGGACACUGAUAGCAUCAAGAAAUUUACCAAUAGUUCAGCUACAACCUACACAAAAGACAAGUGAUGAAGACUGUGGAGGCAGAGAGAGCAGCGCUGAUGUCUGAAGCUUCCCUGGCAUCCCAGGAGGCAAGAAGUUUGCAUUCUGCUUUUGGACUGAUACAUAUGUGUAGCUGAUUGAUCUAACAAAAACAUUAAAUAUAAUCGAAAGCUUAUCAAGUAGAAGACUAAUGUUUGAGUAGCAGUGAGGUGAUUGAAUUUACAAAAAUAUAUGGUAGACAUACAUUCUAUUUUUGUCAUUGUCAGACAUAAAUCACCAACAUUGUCGAGGGUAGGGCAGAUAUAUAUAUAGAUUUUCCUUAUUAUAUUUUUU